AUGGCGGCGAUGAGAUACAAAGGAGGCGUUCUCAUCACAAUCAUCUUCUUCUCCAUCGUUCUUUCUCCAUGCUCACUUGCUCACUCUUCUUCUACAAAAUCGUUCUUUUGGCUAGGAGAAAGAGAAGAUAUGAAAGCCAUGAAGAAGGAGAAUGAGAUUGGUGUUGUUGGAUCAGCUAAUGAAGUUGAAGAAAGACAAGCCGGCCCUGGAUCUGACCCUCUUCAUCAUAAACGCAUUCCAUUUACUUCUCCGUAG